AUGAUAACGGACGUUUAUAAUAUUUGUAAUAAUAUCUUUUUAUUUCACCCAUUAUUGGAUGCUAUACAUCUUAGGUUCCAUGUGCAUCCACAUUCAAGUGCUCAUGUUUAUCUUCGACUUCAAUUGGGUCAGUCAUGGGAAACCAUUCCUACAUCACUUUUGACUGAUCUGGGACAAUUGGUCAAGGCAAAUAGUAUUGCUGGAAACAAAGAAAAAAGUGUUAUGGUCGUUUAUACACCUUGGUCAAAUUUGUUAAAAACUGCUGGUAUGGCGACCGGAGAAGUGUCUUUUCAUGAUCAUAGCAAGGUGAAGAAAUUACAAGUAGGUAAAAGGGAUAACGCGAUAAUUCGGAGGUUAGAAAAAACUAAAACUGAGAAUGCUUCACCUGACCUUGCUGGUGAAAAACUUGCCAUGGAAAAGGAAAAACGGAGGUUGGCAAGAGAAGCAGCAAAUGCGAGG